CACAAGCGCAAUGGUGCACUCUAUGCAGUAGCGUGAACUCCUAGUGAAUCGGUGAAUUCAUAAGUAUCUUUGGACUGCAUUGAUGACAUUGUUAUUUUUCUGUCGGGGUUACAUAGUAGUUGCUGUUUACGUCAUUUGGUUAUUCAUUCAUGAUAACCGAUAAAGGUCAAUGGAAUAAACCAGGUCUUUAUGCUACAGAAGGCUUUGAGAUGAGCUCUCAGAAAACUUCUUCAAUCCCCAAGGGGGAAAUUACACCCACCCAGCAGAUGAUUGCAUCUUGUUCUGGGGCAAUUAUUACGUCACUGUUAGUAACACCUCUGGAUGUGGUGAAGAUCAGACUGCAGGCACAAAUGAAUCCUUUUCCUAAAGGAAAAUGUUUUUUGUACUGUAAUGGCCUGAUGGAUCAUGUAUGUGUCUGUGAGAAUGGCAAUUCAAAGGCAUGGUACAAAGCACCUGGUCAUUUCUCUGGCACUUUGGAUGCCUUUACUAAGAUUAUACGCAUGGAAGGAAUAAGGUCUCUAUGGAGCGGUCUUCCUCCAACACUAGUGAUGGCAGUGCCUGCAACAGUCAUCUAUUUCACAAGUUACGAUCAGCUAUGUGCUGUUCUGAAGCUCAGGAUGGGUGACCGAUCAGAUUAUGCGCCGCUGUUUGCCGGUGCCAUCGCGAGAGUGGGGUCUGCUACAGUAAUCAGCCCCCUGGAGCUGAUCCGCACUAAAAUGCAGUCUGAGAGGCAGUCGUACCGAGAGCUGAGCACCGUGAUCCAGUCAGCGCUGCACAACGAGGGCUGGCGGUCUCUGUGGAGGGGCUGGGGACCCACGCUGCUCCGAGACGUCCCAUUCUCAGCUAUGUACUGGUUUAACUAUGAGAAGGGUAAAGCCUGGCUCUGUCAGUACUACAGCUCUACAGAUCCAACCUUUGCCAUCACAUUCACAGCUGGAGCGCUGUCUGGAUCAUUUGCAUCAAUCGUCACAUUGCCGUUUGACGUGGUCAAGACAAAAAGACAGGUUGAACUGGGUGAACUGCAGACAAUGAAAUUGUCCACACAGGUCUCAUCCAGCACAUAUUAUCUGAUGAAAAGGAUAGUUGCCGAAAAUGGAGUAUCAGGACUAUUUGCAGGUUUUCUGCCGAGGCUGAUUAAAGUGGCUCCUGCAUGUGCUAUAAUGAUCAGCACAUAUGAGUCCGGAAAAGCUUUUUUUCACAGAUACAACCAGAAGAAACAGAGGGUGACACAACUACAGCCCAGCACGUGAUCUCACUCACCAAAGCACUGAUUUAGAAGAACACUUGAUCACAGAACUUCGUUAAGAUUCAGUAACUUAACCACAGAUUACUCCACAAAUUUUCCCAACAUGCUAUCAUUUGUGCUGUCUGUCUGUCUAAAAGAGAGAUUAGUUUAAAGAGUUGCUGUGAAAUAAAUAUUUACUUUUAUUAGUAAAUAUUUAAAAGUAACAGUGCAUCUUCCACUUAAGUUAAAUUCUUAAAAAAAUAAUAAAAGUACAGUUUAAUAUUUGUGCUUUUAAAGUAAAUUGACACCAAAUGUAUUCUCAUCAGACAUGAUUAUCCUUGUCAUUUUUAUUCUACCCAUUCAGGCUGGUUGACUUUUAAUUGUUAAAAGUAAUUUUUUCCAGUCAUGUAUUUUCGAGGUUUGUGUUAAAUGAAGUCAGUGUGUGCAAAUGGUGCCAAAAAUUAGACUGAUUAGGGGGAUUUCAUUUUUUUUGUGCUUAAAUUGAUUUUUAAGUGUCGAUUAAUAUAUUUCUUGACCCAAUGCCUAACAAUUAAGUGUGAACAUUCACAGCUUUUUAAACUUUAUAAAUUGCACUGUAUGUCCUUUUUAAGUGCUUUAAUAAUGAAGAAUGAGUUCAAAUCUC